CGUCCAGCCCAGGGGCGGACUGACCAUUUGGAAACUCGGGCACUGCCCGAGGGCCCGGGGUCAGUAGGGGGCCCCAUGAGAUGCCCCUGGUACCUUUUCCAUAGGCUUUUUUGAGUUUGGGCAAGGACACAGGGGCCCCAUGAUCCCCCUAUUGCCCAGGGGCCCCAUGAGUUGUCAGUCCGCCCCUGCAACCUAUUAUGGGAUGUAUGUGUAUUGGCUUGGUCCCAGCUGUGAGUAUAAACCAGCAGUGAUCUUGUAGCACAGAUCUGUAGAAGCUA